AUGCCUCCUAAAAAGACCCUUAAAAAGCGCAAGGCCGAAGAUGUUAGCAAGGAACCAGCUCCCGAUUCCAAAAGAGCCCGUGUCGCAAAGCCUCGUGUUACGGAAAAACAAAAAUUGGUUAUCAAUCAAGCGCCGUCUGCCCGCCUAAAUGUCUACGUCUGUGGCGAAGGCAGCUCAGGUGAGCUCGGUCUUGGGCCAGAGAAGAAUGCUGUUGAUGUGAAACGGCCGCGCCUUAACCCUCACUUACCGGCAAGUAGUGUCGGCGUUGUGCAAGUUGCUGUUGGUGGCAUGCACUGCGUUGCUCUUACGCAUGAUAACAAGGUUCUUACCUGGGGUGUCAAUGACCAGGGCGCGCUUGGGAGAGAUACGACGUGGGAAGGUGGGUACAAAGACAUUGGGGACAAUAAGAGUGACUGUGAUUCGGACUCAGACGAUGAUGGGCCUGCCCUGAACCCGCAUGAGUCUACACCUACUGCUAUUCCGUCGGAGGCUUUCCCUGAUAAUACCGUCAUCGUCAAAGUCGCCGCUGGUGAUAGUUCCAGUUUUGCCCUCACAGAUGAUGGCCUAGUCUACGGGUGGGGAACGUUUCGAAGCAACGAUGGUAUCCUAGGUUUUGAUGCCAAUAACGAAGUUCAGAAUACCCCGAUUUUAAUACCUUCGUUGAAGAAGAUCAAAAACCUUGCUUGUGGUGAUAACCAUGUUCUUGCUUUGAAUGACAAGGGCGCUGUAUUUUCAUGGGGAUCUGGCCAGCAAAACCAAUUAGGUCGCCGAAUUAUCGAGCGCAACAGGCUGAAUGGCCUUCAGCCGCGGGAAUUCGGUCUUCCCAAGAACAUUAUUCACAUUGCUUGCGGCUCGUUUCACUCUUUCGCCGUUCACCAGUCCGGAAAAGUUUACGCCUGGGGGUUGAACAGUUUUGGUGAGACUGGUAUCCGAAACGGUGCUGGCGAUGACGAGGCUGCCAUAGUUCACCCCACUAUUGUGGACUCAUUGUCUGGGAAAAAAGUCUCUCAGCUUUGUGGUGGUGCUCAUCAUUCCCUUGCUAUUGCCAAUGACGGUCAGUGUCUUGUAUGGGGUCGAUUGGAUGGUUAUCAAACUGGCAUAAAGAUCGACUCUCUUCCGGACGAGGCAGUCAUUAAAGAUGAGCGCGGAAGACCUCGUAUCUUGAUUGAACCAACCCCUGUUCCAGGGAUCAAAGCAACCGUCGUAGCAGCUGGAUCAGAUCAUUCCCUCGCCAUUGAUGCUGAUGGUCGUCCUUGGUCCUGGGGCUUCUCUGCUACAUACCAAACAGGGCAGGGUACUCAGGAUGAUAUCGAGGUAGCAACUAUUGUGGAAAAUACUGCUGUUCGUGGCAAGAAACUUACCUGGGCUGGAGCUGGCGGUCAAUUCUCUGUGUUUACAGAGCCAGCAAACCUGUGA